AUGGCCUGUGUAGUGACUCAAGCUCACUCGGAGACACCCUCCGCUGUUGCUGGCCAGAUCCGUCCACUGACUUGCGACGUGGAAAAACAGGACGGUUCAAGGUUAUCAGAUGGCUCCAAAGAAAAACAAUCCGCGUUCAAGAAUCUGGGAAUAUUUGACCGGUUCCUCGCUUUAUGGAUCCUCCUUGCUAUGGCGAUUGGGAUUAUCUUAGGUAACUUCGUUCCCAACACUGGACCUGCGUUGCAAAAGGGCAAGUUCGUAGGAGUCUCGGUCCCAAUUGCUAUCGGCCUUCUGGUUAUGAUGUAUCCUAUCCUCUGCAAGGUGCGAUACGAGACUCUGCAUCAUGUUUUUCGGACCCGUCAGGUUUGGAUCCAGAUCGCCUUCAGCAUAUUUGUCAAUUGGGUUAUCGCUCCGUUCUUCAUGCUAGCAUUAUCGUGGGCUUUUCUGCCUGAUGAGCCAGAGCUGCGCCAGGGGUUGAUCCUUGUUGGACUGGCGCGAUGUAUCGCUAUGGUCUUGAUCUGGACCGGGCUAGCAGGGGGUGAUGGCGAAUACUGCGCUAUUCUAGUUGCUGUCAAUUCGCUUCUUCAAAUGGUGCUAUUCGCACCCUUAGGCGUCUUCUUUAUCCAAGUGAUCAGUGGCGACUCUGUUCAAUUUGAAUACUCCACUGCCGCCAAAAGCGUCGCCGUGUUCCUGGGCAUUCCACUGGGCGCCGCAGUACUUACACGUUUCACCCUUCGAUGGGCAAGUGCGCGAUGGUACGAUGAAGUUUUCCUAAAGUGGGCUAGCCCAUGGUCUUUGAUCGGUCUUUUGUUCACAAUCCUCGUACUGUUUGCUUCCCAAGGCCGCCAGGUGGUGCAUCAAAUUGUCUCUGUUAUCCGCGUUGCAGCGCCCCUUAUUGUUUAUUUUACGGUUAUAUUCUUUACUACCCUCCUCAUCACAUAUAAAAUGGGGUUCGGCUACAAGCUGGCAGCAACACAGAGCUUUACUGCAGCUAGCAACAACUUCGAGCUGGCUAUUGCUGUCGCCGUUGCCACAUUUGGAGCGAAUAGUAACCAGGCCCUUGCAUCUACAGUAGGGCCUCUUAUUGAGGUACCGGUGCUGUUGGGGCUCGUCUACGCCGUGAAGUUUCUAGCGAAUAAAUUGAGUUGGAAGGAUUAG